UAGAUAACUUCGGAUAAAGUUUACAAAAGUAGGACAUUAUUUAAUUUCAUUAUUAUAAGGAACAAAUAAUUCAUUCACCAUUUUUUCACUGCUAAUCAAUUACGAUGUCUUUAAAUCUUGCAGGAAAGAAGUUCUUGGUCACAGGAGCAGGUCGUGGAAUCGGCCGGGCUCUCUCGAAGACUUUAAGUGAACAAGGCUGUAAGGUUUACGCGUUAAGUCGUACUCAGGAGACAUUGGACACUUUGGCGGAAGAAAACACGAACAUACACACGAUUCAAGCAGACGUAAGUAAUUGGGACGAAUUGAAAGACAAACUUGUUGGUAUUGAAGUUCUAGAUGGUUUAGUGAAUAAUGCCGCCCUCACAGAGGAAGUGUCCGGUCCUGUAUUGGAUGUUUCUAAAGCGUUUUUACAAAAGAGUUUCGAAACAAAUCUAUUUGCGUCAAUUAACACAACACAGAUUAUAGGAAAGAAAAUGGUUGCUGCUAAAAAGCCAGGAUCGAUUGUGAAUGUGUCUAGUGUAUUAUCUCUACAGUGUUGCCCUAAUCAAAUAGCUUACAAUUCAUCGAAGGCAGGUCUUGAUAUGGUCACGAAGCAGUUUGCUUUGGAAUUAGGACCGUAUAAUAUACGGGUAAACAGUAUAAAUCCAACUCUUGUUAUAAAUGAGAAUGUGCUAAAGCAUAUUAAAGAGACAUCAUCAUUCGAUGAACUUUUUAUCGGCAAGACACCGAUGGGGCGGCUCCCAGAGAUGAAAGAAGUAAUUUUCCCAAUGCUAUAUCUCCUCAGUGACUUGUCGUCUUGUGUUUCUGGAACAACACACAUAUUGUAGAUGGAGGAAUGAUGUCAUCUUUUGCAACAAAAUUGUAGUGCAGUCUUACUGUGAUUCAAUAUUGGUGGUUCUUAUCAUAAACACACAAAAUCAAUGUAAUAAACAACGAAAUGACAUUUUAAAUGUUCAAGAACAAGCAAAGCAGGAUAUUUUUUUAUCGUGUUAAGGCAUACGUGUACUUUAUAUAUUUCAAGUGAACUUCAAUAGAAGAUGUUAUCAAAAUCAGCAUGAACACUAAUUACUGUGAUUGUUUUCUUUUGCAAACUUUCAAGCAAAACAUUUUGUCGUAUAAGGACAUAUUUUGCGAUUUCUAUUUAUUACGAAGCAGAUAUAUAUUAAUAUAUUUGUCAUAAGUUGCGGUUUGGAUCGGAUUAUCCGUCCCGAGGGGACCCGCCCGGAGGUUACGAGGCUUAGUCAUGGGCGGGUUCCCUAUGGACGGAUAUUCCUAUCCGAACCGCAAACAUAUGUAAGAUAUUUUUUCUUGCAUAUUCUACCAUACUCCAUUAUACUUAAAUUCUUUACCUUAAUAAAACAAUUUUCCAUGAAAAUUUAGGUCAUUACACCCGUACACAGGCUCUAGAAACAAUCAUUUUAACUACAUACGCUUAUAAUACUAAAUGUAUAUAUAAAGAAAUUCUUUAUUCUUUAUAUAUAGUUUUAUAAGCGUAUAAAGCGUAAAUUGGUUGUGUCUAUUGUCUGUGGCAAAACAGGAGAAAUGUUAUUAAAAUCGGAUAGUCCAAUCGCACACAUUGAUAUCAUAAGGGAAUAAUUGUAAAGGACAAAGUUGCCAUAUGAGAGCUGCUAUCUCUUAACGUUUUGACAAAAAACAACAACAUUUAAAAGUUAUGCAUGAAAAACGUGAAAAACUAACGAAGUGCAAUCUCUCCAAAAAUAUUUAAAGGAAAUUUGCUGUUAUUCUUGUCAACUGCAUUCCUCUUAACUGUAAUCUAUCUUUCAACCAAGUUUCAAAGUAACAUCUCUAACACUUUAUUUUAGUUAGUUAUGGUAUGGGCAAAAAUGCAAGAAAAGAAACAAAAGAAAACAGAAGUGUUUGGUCAAUAUACUUGCACUGCACUCCCAUUCAAUGAUAUCUAUCCACUUCUGAAGUGUUAUUUGGAUAUUUUAAAUACAUGCACUGUAUAAUUUCUGAUUCAGAUAAAAAAUUAUGCAAAAAUAUAAACCAAGGGCAAUAACUGAAAAUGAUGAAGUGGAGAAUUAUAUCAUUCUUGUGCACUUUACUUCUCUUCAAUGAGAUCUAUCCACACAUUGAAUUUCAAGUUUAUAUCUCAUUACCUUUCGAGCUACCCACCGGACAAAAAUGUUGAUUAGAUGGAUAUUGUCAUUUUUGGUAUCGGUAAUUGCACUGGUUCCAAAAAUUCAGUGAUGGAUGAUUGAUUUUGUAUGAAAGUUAUUUUAAGCUUAUUUGGUUUUUGCUAGCUUUAACAUAAAAUGACCACUCCUCGAAUUGUUUUCGAUCGGACUAGUAAUCUAAUAUAAUCGCUAAAUGCAUGGAUACAAACCCUGUCAGGGGCUAGUACGUACGUCGUUGUUUCUUUGAGUAGGAAACUUUAUUACUUAUUACUCAGCAGGAAGAUUUUAUAGAGCUCUUACUACACAUUCAAACUUAAAUAAAUGCUGUGUUUAUAAACCAAGUUUUAUGAUCACUUUAGAUCAUUUACUUUAUUAGUUAUUUCUUACUA